AUGGCUCCCAACGUGCCCGCGGCCGAACCGGUCCCAGAGUCUCCUAAAGGCAUCCGAGCCGUGCUCUUAGGGCCGCCCGGAGCCGGCAAGGGUACCCAGGCACCCAAAUUGGCUGAAAGCUUCUGUGUCUGCCAUUUGGCUACUGGAGACAUGCUGAGGGCCAUGGUGGCUUCUGGCUCAGAGCUGGGAAAGAAGCUGAAAGCAACUAUGGAUGCCGGGAAGCUGGUGAGCGAUGAAAUGGUCGUGGAGCUCAUUGAAAAGAAUUUGGAGACCCCUCCAUGCAAAAAUGGUUUUCUUCUAGAUGGCUUCCCUCGGACCGUGAGGCAGGCAGAAAUGCUUGAUGACCUCAUGGAGAAGAGGAAAGAGAAGCUUGAUUCUGUGAUUGAGUUCAGCAUCCCAGACUCUCUGCUCAUCCGGAGAAUCACAGGAAGACUGAUUCACCCCCAGAGUGGCCGCUCGUACCACGAGGAGUUCAACCCCCCAAAGGAACCCAUGAAAGAUGAUAUCACUGGGGAACCCUUGAUCCGCCGAUCAGACGAUAACGAGAAGGCCUUGAAAAUCCGUCUGGAGGCCUACCACACUCAAACCACCCCACUGGUGGAGUACUACAGUAAACGGGGGAUCCACUCGGCCAUCAAUGCAUCGCAGACCCCUGACGUCGUGUUUGCAAGCAUCCUAGCAGCCUUCUCCAAAGCCACAUGUAAAGACUUGGUUAUGUUUAUUUAA